GGUGUCGUACCGCUCCAAGUUAAACCAUGGUUAGCCUAUUCCUCGGUUGGCUUUCCUUGGAUUUCCUUGGCUCCAACCCGAGAUUGUACAGCUGGCCCAUAAAGAUAAUUCUGUAAAAAAUAUCGCUGCACAAAAUUUUAUUUGUAUAAUUCUAUCAUCAUGGUAGAGACACAUUUCUGCUACAGAAAAUUCUUUUUUGGGCCUGUUACUGAAAAUCGAUUCCACGAUAGCGACAUAGCAAUUUCCUCUGGAUUUCUCUUUUUAGGGAAAACAGUAACUGAUUAAAAAAAAACUAUCACAAGACGUUUCUGUGACAUCGGUGUGUGUUGGCUAUACUGACAUCUGUAGUUUUGUUUUGUUACAGGUUUGCGCGCGAAAAAUAUGAGUUACGUAGGGAAUGUGUGUUAACAAGAGUAACAUAAUUUGCCAUUUUAUCCAUAUAUAAACUGGUCACAAUGUCGAAUGAACAAAACAGGGUUCGCACUGUGCCAGUGUGGCUUUCUAAAAAGGGGAAUGAUGAAAUACAGGAAGCAGAAUUUCUUCGUUUUAAAGGAGAGAUAAACUACUGUGCAACCGUAGGUGACUGUGGAAUGGCUUGUGAAAGUCUUAUGGAAAUGCUGAGAAGUCUAGAUGAAAUGGUUGUUGGGUUUGACAUGGAGUGGCCUGUAAAUAGCAAAACAGGGAGUGGGAAAACAUCACUUAUACAGAUUUGUCAUGAUGAAAAUGUGUGCCACUUAUUUCAUGUCAGCCAGAUGAGAAAUAUUCCUGUGGCUCUUGUACAUUUCCUUAAUCACCCUAAAGUAAGAUUGGCUGGACUCAACAUUAAGAGUGAUCUGUGGAAACUAAUUCGUGAUUUUCCCAUUAAGUUCCAAAGCAUGGAUGAAAUGAAAAUAAUAGAUUUGGGUGUCCUGGCAAAUAAGGUUUUAAAUUGUUCGCAGAGAUGGAGUCUAGAAAGACUUGUGAGAUAUGUGCUUCGCAAAAAUUUGGACAAAAAUGAUGCUGUAAGAAAGAGCAAUUGGCAGCUUGAGUUGCUGUCGGAAGAGCAAAAGCACUAUGCUGCUGCAGAUGCUUUGGCAUCUUUUGUGCUUUUUCAUGAACUUACUUCAAAGAAGAAAGUGAAAUGUGAAAUUUAAUGUCAAUUUUAUGGAUCUUUCAAGUAACUACAAAAUUUUGUAUCUUCUAUUGUUACUUAAGAUGUAUGAAUGCAGUUUUAUGAUUUUGUCUCUAAGACUUUUUCUUCACUUUCAAAAUCAUUGUUAACAAAACUUAACAUUGUGUCAUUUUACAUGCAGAGAAAUUUGUCACAACUUAUCAAAUAGUAUGGUGAGCAGUAUGAGUACACUACAAACUUUUCGUGUGGUAACUGUGUUAAAUAACUUCUAGUUAUGAAGAAAAGCGCAUUUUUUGUAAAAAAAGUUUAACAGAGGUGAAAAAAGAAAAAUAUCCUUUUGACAUUAUUGUAACCGCGUCUUUCACAGUCGAUUAAAAUCCAGUCGGCAUAUUGAUAAGGUGGCAAAUAAUUCAGUUCAGCCAAAUUUAUACUUAGAAGUAUUUCUGAUUGCUUUGAAUUUUACCACAUUUAGCGUAUUUGUGGUAUUUGCUGGCUUACAAGAUAAUUUUCUGAGACAAUAUGGCUGACCGAUAAAAUAUUUAUUCUGCAGAAAUGAUAAUGUUAAUGUUGUUUAGGCCAUAAUCAGCUAUCUUGCCAGAGACUGCUUCAAGUAUCUUGAAAUUCUUGUGCCUGCAUGUCAAUAAAUUUACUCUUUCAUGUUAUUUGUAGAUUAAAAAGGUCAGUUUUGAGCAACUUGUAAGAUAUAAUAUGCUUGAUGACUGUGUUGUAAAUAUAACUUACUCAUACACUUUUCACCCUUGUCUAGAGAACAGUGGAGAUCAGUGUGCAAAUUUUUUGUCUAGUAGUCAUUAAAUUAAAAAUACAUUAUCAUA